AUGAACGGAUCCGAGAGACAACAGUCUGCAGACCCUGCUGCGAUGACCACCAGCAGCGCGGAUCGUAUGGUGGGCAUGGACCACGCCGAAGUCCGUUAUUUUACUAGCUACGAUCAUCAUGGCAUCCACGAGGAAAUGCUUAAAGAUGAUGUCCGUACCCGAUCCUACCGCGAUGCUAUCUACCAGAACCGUCAUAUCUUCAAGGAUAAGGUUGUCCUCGAUGUUGGAUGCGGUACUGGAAUUCUCAGCAUGUUCGCCGUUAAGGCCGGCGCCAAACACGUGAUUGGCGUUGACAUGUCCUCGAUCAUCGAGAAGGCCCGUGAGAUUGUCGCCGUCAACGGGAUGGCCGAUAAGAUCACUCUCCUCCAAGGAAAGAUGGAGGAGGUCGUUCUUCCCUACCCUAAGGUUGAUAUCAUUAUUUCGGAGUGGAUGGGAUACUUCCUUCUCUACGAGUCCAUGUUGGACACCGUUCUCUACGCCCGUGACCGCUACCUCGUGCCCGGCGGCAAGAUCUUCCCCGACAAGGCCACCAUGUACUUGGCCGCCAUUGAGGAUGGUGAAUACAAGGACGACAAGAUUGGAUUCUGGGACAACGUUUACGGCUUCAACUACAGCCCCAUGAAGGAAAUUGCCCUCACGGAGCCCCUGGUCGACACCGUGGAGAUGAAGGCCUUGGUUACUGACCCUUGCCCCAUCAUCACCCUCGACCUCUACACCGUCACCACCGCCGACUUGGCCUUCAAGGUCCCCUUUUCUCUCCCUGCCAAGCGCAGCGACUUCAUUCACGCCGUGAUUGCCUGGUUUGAUAUUGAGUUCGGCGCCUGCCACAAGCCUAUUCUCUUCUCCACCGGCCCUCACGCCAAGUACACGCACUGGAAGCAGACCGUUUUCUACUUGCGUGAUGUGCUGACCGUCGAGGAGGAGGAGACUGUGACUGGUGUCUUGGAGAACAAGCCGAACGACAAGAACAAGCGUGACCUUGAUAUUACCAUUGAUUACAAGUUCGAGACUUCCGAUCCGGUGCGGUACUCGGAGGGCAGCUGUUUCUACAGGAUCUGCCCGAUGUCGGCACCAGGAGUUGGCUUCGAAUAUCCUGCGCAGGAGGUUUCCUGGCAAAAGCGGGAUGUUCUGCUAUUUGCUAACAGCAUUGGCUGUAAGGCCGAUGAGUUGCAUUUCCUCUAUGAACUGCACCCUAACUUUGCUGUCUUCCCAACAUAUCCUCUGAUUCUCCCGUUCAAGCUCACAGACCAGGAAGUGACGGAUUUCUAUGCACGCUCGACAGCAACCCCUAUCCCCGGCGUGCCUCAAUUUGACUACAGCAGGGUAGUGGAUGGUCAGCGCAAGCUCACCGUGCUGAAACCUCUGCCGCCCACCAGCGCCGGUCGUACAUUUGAGUUGCGCAGUAAAGUGGUUGGCGUGUAUGAUAAAGGCAAACCAGGCACGGUUGUCGAGACUGAGCAAUCGAUUGUGGACAAGGACAGUGGUGAAGUGUACUCCAAGACGCUGAGCAGCAAUUUCUUCGUUGGUCAGGGCAACUGGGGAGGACCGAAGGGCCCCAGCACCGUCAGCUACCUUCCUCCCGAGGGCAAAAAGCCCGAUGCUGUCCAUGUAGUCCAGACGAAUAUGGAAACCGCGCAUCUCUACAGGCUAAAUGGAGACUAUAACCCACUCCACGCUACCCCGGAGCCCGGCUCCAAGAUGGGCUUUGGGGGCAUCAUUAUCCAUGGGUUGUUUAGUUGGAAUUCGGCCGCUCAGGGCAUCCUGAAAGAGCUGGGCGGGAGCGACCCGAAAAACCUCCAAGUUUUUCAGGCGCGUUUUGCCUCGCCAGUUAAGCCCGGUGACAAGCUUGUUACUGAAAUCUGGCGAACUGGCAGAUCUAACAAGGGACUCGAGGAAAUUCGAUUUGUCACGAAGAAUGGCGAUGGGUCGGAUGGUCAUCGCGGUUCCUACCCCUUCACAUGGCUAAGAAGCCAUGCCAACGGGAAGAGCAGACCGCUGAACCCAAACUGGAUGCCUGUUCGGUUUUCCAAACAUCAUGGUCCCAGUAGCCCAUUCCCUCCAGCGGUAUCAUACACCAGCGUUAUGUCUGACGAUCGGGCUUUGUGGCGGUGGCUUGAAGCGAUCCAAGUGUACGGAUUUUCUUUUGUGCAAGGCGUACCUGUCGAUCCAGAGUCCACCAAGUCUCUUCUGGAAAGAAUUGCUUUCAUCAGACAUACUCACUACGGUGGCUUCUGGGACUUCACUUCCGAUCUCACUUUCAAGGACACUGCCUACACCUCGGAAGCGCUUGGUGCACACACAGAUAACACAUACUUCACCGACCCAGCCCGACUCCAACUCUUCCAUCUUCUAUCUCAUACUGACGGUGAUGGGGGUGCCAGCCUGCUUGUCGACGGGUUUCAUGCGGCAAAACUUUUGUACACUCAUAAUCCCGAACAUUUCCGCACCCUAGCUGAAAUCCCUCAGCCAUUUCAUGCCAGUGGCAAUGAAGACACUUGCAUACAGCCUGCAGCCCAAGCACCCGUUUUCAGCAUGCACCCGCAACACCAAAGACUGUUCCAGAUACGAUGGAACAAUUACGACCGGGCGGCCAAGACCGACUGGAAUAUGGAAGAGCAGAUGAAAUGGUACGAGGCAGCUCGGGACUUCAACCACAUUAUUCACUCGGAAGAGUUGCAGCUGUGGACACAGCUUGAGCCUGGAACGGCACUGAUUUUCGAUAACUGGAGAAUGCUUCAUGGACGCUCCGAAUUCACUGGAAAACGAAGGAUGUGUGGUGGAUAUAUCAACAACGAUGACUUUAUGUCAAAGUACCGUCUUCUCGAGUUUGGUCGCCAAAAAGUCUUGGACAAUCUUGGGAACAACGUCGCUCUCAGCUCAACAGCUGCCCGGCAGGUCCUUUUCCAUCUCAUACCCCAUCACUCUCUGCCCCCUCUUCCCCCCGUCUGCGCCAAUUUAGAACUGCUGCGUGCUGUCAAUUCUCGUUUAUAUUCUUCCCAUUUCCUACAUCCUAUCAUGUCCACCUUAGAGGAUCUCGAAGACCUCGAGCGUGAGGAGAGAGACAAGAAGGAGCAGGGCGAUGGCGACGGCAAGAAGCCCGGAGGCGACGGCGACGCCGAGAUGGACGAUGCCGAGAAGAAGGAUGAGGAUGAUGAACUUCUGGACGAGGAAAUCCUUCACUCCAGCACAGCCGACAUCGUCAAGCGACGGCGGAUGCUUGAGAACGAGAUGCGCAUAAUGAAGAGCGAAUACCAGCGGUUGACACACGAGCAGAGCACGAUGAGAGAAAAGGUCAAGGAUAACCAGGAGAAGAUCGAGAAUAACAGACAACUACCAUACCUUGUCGGAAAUGUUGUCGAGCUGCUGGACCUGGAUGUCGAGGCCGAAGCCGCCGAGGAAGGAGCCAACAUCGAUCUUGACGCUACUCGAGUGGGCAAGUCUGCAGUUAUCAAGACGUCGACUCGCCAAACCAUCUACCUGCCUCUCAUCGGUCUCGUAGACCACGAGAAACUCAAGCCCGGUGAUCUGAUCGGUGUGAACAAGGAUUCAUACCUUGUCUUGGAUACACUACCGGCCGAAUAUGACAACCGAGUAAAGGCCAUGGAGGUCGACGAGAAGCCGACGGAGAAAUACACGGAUAUCGGCGGUUUGGACAAGCAGAUCGAGGAGAUUGUCGAGGCUAUCGUAUGGCCGAUGAAGGAGGCGGAGCGUUUCAAGAAGAUCGGUAUCAAGGCACCAAAGGGUGCUUUGAUGUACGGACCCCCCGGUACCGGUAAAACCCUCCUUGCUCGUGCCUGUGCGGCCGAGACAAACGCCACCUUCUUGAAGCUUGCCGGUCCUCAGCUGGUACAGAUGUUCAUCGGUGACGGUGCGAAGCUUGUUCGUGACUGCUUCGCCCUCGCCAAGGAGAAGGCCCCGUCGAUCAUCUUCAUCGACGAGUUGGAUGCCGUGGGUACGAAACGUUUCGACUCGGAGAAGUCCGGUGACCGUGAAGUGCAACGAACUAUGCUGGAGCUCCUGAACCAGCUGGACGGAUUUGCCUCGGACGACCGAAUCAAGGUGCUCGCUGCCACCAACCGUGUCGAUGUUCUCGAUCCCGCCCUGCUGCGAUCCGGCCGUCUGGACCGUAAAAUCGAGUUCCCUCUGCCCAACGAGGAGGCCCGGGCCAACAUCCUGCAGAUCCACUCCCGCAAGAUGACCGUGGAGAACUCGGUGAACUGGGCCGAAUUGGCUCGCAGCACGGACGAGUUCGGCGGUGCCCAGCUCAAGGCCGUCUGCGUCGAGGCCGGUAUGAUCGCCCUCCGCAAGGGCCUGAGUAAGAUCGGUCACGAGAACUACGUGGAUGCCAUCGCCGAAGUACAAGCCAAGAAGAAGGACACGAACAUGGGUAUUUACGUCUAA